AAGUAGCUAAGGAUUUGACACGUCAAUUGUAAUUUUCAGAAUACAUGUUUUCGCGUUUUAUGAAAAAUUAAAUAAUUCUUGCGUAAACCAGCCAAGAUUUUAGUGUUGUCGUAAUCUGUACCUACUGGUCGGAAUACACAGUUUUAAAAUAUAUAUUAUAAUUAAGUGCACCAAGUAAACAGAAAAUUGUUCGACAAACAUGGCGUUGGCCGAGGGACCUUGCUAUACAAUCAUCAACUCGCCGGACAUUGAGGUGCCGAAUGAGAUGCAACUUAAACAAGACCUAGAAAAAGGCGAUACCAAUGUAAAAAUUGAGACCCUAAAAAAAGUCAUACAAAUGCUCUUGAAUGGGGAGCGUUUAUCAGGUUUGAUAAUGACAAUCAUCAGAUUCGUGCUGCCCGUGCAGAAUCAUCAAAUCAAAAAACUAUUACUCAUCUUUUGGGAGAUAGUACCGAAAACAUCAGCGGAUGGCAAACUGUUGCAAGAAAUGAUUUUGGUUUGUGACGCCUACCGUAAGGACUUGCAGCAUCCCAAUGAAUUUUUGCGUGGUUCUACUCUUCGUUUUCUCUGCAAGUUGAAAGAACCCGAGCUUUUGGAACCACUUAUGCCAGCCAUACGCGCUUGUCUCGAGCAUCGCCAUUCUUAUGUACGACGAAAUGCUGUUUUGGCUAUAUUCACCAUAUACAAAAAUUUCGAUUGGUUAGUACCAGAUGGUCCAGAGUUGAUUGCUAAUUUCUUGGAAACCCAACAAGAUAUGUCUUGCAAGCGUAAUGCAUUUCUAAUGCUCUUACAUGCCGAUCAAGAACGUGCACUCAACUAUCUGGCGUCUUGCAUUGAUCAAGUAAAUAAUUUCGGGGAUAUUCUGCAAUUGGUCAUCGUUGAGCUCAUAUAUAAAGUUUGUCAUGCAAAUCCAACUGAGCGUUCACGUUUUAUACGUUGCAUUUACAAUCUGCUGAACUCAUCUUCGAAUGCUGUGCGUUAUGAGGCAGCUGGCACGCUCAUUACACUCUCCUCGGCACCAACAGCUAUACGCGCAGCUGCUAGCUGCUAUAUUGAGUUGAUCGUUGGGGAUAGCGAUAAUAAUGUUAAACUUAUCGUAUUGGAUCGUUUAAUAGCUAUGAAAGAAAAUGAGAAUAUGGAAAAAGUGAUGCAGGAUUUAGUUAUGGACAUUUUACGUGUUUUGGCUGCACCGGAUAUUGAAGUGCGUCGCAAGACUUUAGCUCUGGCUAUGGAUUUAGUUUCAUCGCGCAACAUCGAAGAAAUGGUGCUUGUAUUGAAAAAAGAGGUGUCCAAAACACAUAAUGUUGAACAUGAAGACACUGGAAAAUAUCGUCAGUUACUUGUACGCACCUUACAUUCGUGCUCCAUUAAAUUCCCUGACGUUGCUGCCAAUGUUAUACCUGUAUUGGUCGAAUUCCUUUCGGACACCAAUGAACUCGCAGCCGCUGAUGUAUUGAUUUUCAUACGUGAAGCUAUACAGAAAUUCCCAUCACUACGAGCGCUCAUAAUUGAACGUUUAAUUGAAGCAUUCCCACAAAUCAAAUCUUCCAAAAUACAUCGUGCAGCAGUUUGGAUCUUAGGUGAAUAUGUCGAUAAUAAGGAGCAGAUAUUGGAAGUAACCGAAGCUAUUAUACAAACUUUGGGUGAAAUACCAAUGGUCGAGGCUGAACAGAAGCGUCUAGCGGGUGAACAAAGUGAUGAAGGUGAAAAACCCACUGGAGAGGGCAAUACAAAAGUAGCUGGCAAUAAAGUCACCUCAGACGGCACAUAUGCUACACAAAGUGCUUUUAGCUUGGCGCCUGUCGCAAAGAAGGAAAAACGGCCACCACUACGACAAUAUUUAAUGGACGGUGACUUUUUCAUUGGCGCUGCACUCUCAGCAACGCUUACUAAAUUGGCCUUACGUUAUGCAGAGUUGGAAGAUGAUGUGCGUCAACAAAAUCGUCUAACCACACAGGUCAUGCUUAUUAUGAGCUCCAUUUUGCAUCUUGGCAAAUCUGGCUUCCCAACCAAGCCAAUCACUAAUGAUGACAUCGAUCGUAUAUUCAUUUGUUUGCGUACACUAAGUGAACGCACUAAAGAAGCUGUGGAAGUGUUCCAACACUAUUGCCGUGAUGCUCUUGGAAAAAUGUUAGAUGCUCAACACGAAGAGGAUCAACGUAUUAUGAAAGAAAAACAACGUGCUGCCGCCAAAGUACAACCAGACGAUCCAGUUGCGUUUGCACAACUCUCUAAUGGACGUGACAAUCAGUUGGGCGAGAAUGUUUUCGAAACUAGUUUGAAUCAAGCGUUGGCUGGCACAAAAUCCACCAAUUUGAGCGAUAUAACUUCGCCAAAUAAUAAGCUAAAUAAAGUUACACAACUAACAGGUUUCUCUGAUCCUGUUUAUGCAGAGGCUUAUGUCAAUGUCAACCAAUAUGAUAUCGUUUUGGAUGUGUUGAUUGUUAAUCAGACUAAUGACACCCUACAAAAUUGCACACUAGAGCUGGCCACUUUGGGCGAUUUGAAAUUGGUUGAACGACCACAUCCUGUCGUUUUGGCGCCACACGAUUUCUGCAAUAUAAAGGCAAAUGUGAAGGUAUCAUCCACAGAGAAUGGCAUUAUUUUUGGCAACAUCGUUUACGACACAAGCAUCAAUACAAAUGUCGUAGUGCUAAACACCAUACAUAUUGACAUUAUGGACUAUAUAAUACCCGCUUCAUGCACGGACACUGAGUUUAGGCAAAUGUGGCAAGAUUUCGAAUGGGAGAAUAAGGUUACGGUAAACACAACCUUCACCGAUUUGCAUGAAUACUUGAAGCACUUGCUGAAGAGCACCAAUAUGAAAUGUUUAACACCAGAGAAGGCGCUCAGCGGUCAAUGCGGAUUUAUGGCGGCUAAUAUGUAUGCAAAAUCCAUUUUUGGAGAAAAUGCACUGGCCAACUUAAGUAUUGAAAAACCUGUAGAUGAUCCCGAUUCCAAGGUCACCGGUCACAUACGUAUACGCGCUAAAAGCCAGGGUAUGGCUCUUAGCUUAGGCGAUAAAAUUAGCUCAUCACAAAAACAGUCGGUGCAAGCUGCUUAAAUGCUGACAGGUGUAACUGUUCUUAUUUCUAUAGUUUGAGCUUCUAGUAUGUUAAUUGCAUUCAUUUGCUGAAUUGAGCAUUUCACAGUUAGUGCAUUACAAUGUGUAAAUGAUAUCUCUUUGCAAUUUAUUUAAUUAAUAUCUAUUUUGUAUGUAAUUUCUUUGUGUUAGCUAAAUUUACGCACACAAAGUACUAUGUAUCAUCUAAUGUAUGUUUGUAAAACUAUCUAUUAUUUAGUAUAUCAUUGGUAUGAAGUUUGCAAAGAAGAAAUGUUUAAAAUUUCAACUAUUUAAUAGUAAUUUCAACUUUUUUUUCAUUAACUAAAUCGCAUGUACGGCAAAUAUAAAUUUGGAAAAAGAUGUGCACCAUACACCGAUUACUACUUACAUACAUAUAUACAUAUUUGAACCA